AUGGUUGCAGACGCCGUAAAGUCAAGUUUCCCUACGUCACGACUCGGACGGAUCAUCAACUUCGAAGAACUACCAUACACGGAGCAAAGAUACCAAUCUCUUUUGACAGUAAUCGAGCUGAUCCGCAUGGCGGAAGGGGGGGAGUUGGAAGAGAUGCUACGUCAGAUUCGGAGUGCCAAGUCGGUCCACGACUUUCUGGAUAGUGUGGACGAAGCAGCUUUGCUAUUACCGCUCAACGAUAUAUCGAGAUCGAAUGGCCGUGGCCAUAACGAACAGUGA